GCCCGUCACCGUCCCACCACCUGGCGGCCUGUAAUUUCUAACGCAAUACGGUCCCCGAACUCUCAACGCUCUCCGUUCUUGUCUUUUCAGUAUCCCGUAUAGACCCUGGCUACCUUUGAUUUUGGAUUUCUGCUCUUUUUCUUGCCCUUUUUCACUGCAUUUUGGCCCAACACUGAACAUGCAACGCGAACACAUGCGUCGAGGUUUCUCUAUUAGUCACCAAAAAGUCGUUCUGGAGAUAGAUUUCUCUGGUUCUCUAUGGGGUUACACGGAAAUAACCAUCAUUCCCACCAGCGAAAAUUUGAAGACCAUUCAUCUACAUUCCAGACAAUGUUCUAUCCAUUCUGUCUCUGUCGCUUCGCAUCAGGCGGAUUUCGUGCAUCACGACCCCCUGGCCCACAUAAGCAUAUCGAACCCGAAAGAUGCUCACACUUAUCCUGAGCUGAAGAGGAAGAUUUACUCGGCUUUGGCGGAGGGCGAUGAGGGCGAGUUAUCCAUAGCAAUCCCCAAGGAGGUGCCGUUGCGACCUUCGGGUCAUGCCGCUGCGAGUGGCAUGGUUAGUGAAGCCGCCACACCGGAACCACAAACACCAGGGCCUUCGUUUCAUACUCCAGUCGCAAUGCCCGAGUUCAUGCCAAUCACUGUUAAUAUUGUAUAUAGCUUGCGCAAUCCUGUGGAUGGCAUUCAGUUUGUUUUGCCCACCGAUUCAUAUCCCUACCGCGCUCCUCAUGCGUAUACGACGCCAUCGUCUCCUGAUGCAGCAAGAUGUUGGGUACCUUGUGUGGACAACCUUUGGGAGAAGUGUACGUGGGAGUUCGAGUUCAUAGUGCCUAGAUUUUUGGAGGAGGUGGAAGUGGUAAAUCGGAGUGAAAACGGAGACGUCGAAGAUGUGCGAGAGUCAAAUCCAACGGUUGUCGUAUGUAGCGGGGAUCUUAUCGAACAAGUCGCCCACCCGAACAACUCGAACAAGACGAUCUUUCUUUUCUCCCAGACUGUUCUCACUUCUGUGCAACAAAUCGCCUUCGCGGCUGGGCCCUUCCAUGUCUAUCCCAUUCCUUCAGAACAUUCGUCCGAUGAUGUAUCAGGUGCUUCACAACCAUUAAUGUAUGCCUUCUGUUUGCCUGGACACGAAGCAAUGCUCCAUGCAUCUGUAACGUGCCUUCGUUCGGCGAUGAACUUCUACACCACCGAUUGUGGCUCCUACCCAUUCGGUUCAUACAAGGUCGUGGCUGUAGACGAGCUUCACGUGCAACGUUUCGACAGUUCUACACUAUCUAUAGUGACUGUCGACUUGCUUCAUGCAGACGAUGCGAUUGAGCAGGCGCUUGAAACGCGGCAUGCUCUCAGCCAUGCUUUGGCAUACCAGUGGGUCGGCGUCAACAUUCAGCAGAAGACGUGGUCGGAUACCUGGCUUGUAAACGGAUUGGCCCUUUACAUGACAGGUCUUUUUAUGAGGAAGCUGCUCGGGAAUAAUGAAUAUCGUUAUCGACUAAAGCGAGAUAUGGAGCGAGUUUUGGAAUGGGACAACGGUUCCAUGCCGCCAAUGUGUCAACCACAACAUUUUGAGCCGCCAGACUCUGCCACUUUGCCUUUUAUCAAUUUCAAAGCACCUUUGGUUCUCCAUAUCCUAGAUCGACGUUUAGGCAAAUCUGGCACUUCUCUUGGUUUGUCUCGCGUUCUGCCAAAAGUCUUUUUAUCGGGUAUCAGUGGAGAAAUGCCCAAUAAUGCCCUGUCGACGCAUUCGUUUCUAAGGACUUGCCGAAAGGUUAGUGGUGUAGAACUGCGCUCCUUUGCGGAACAAUGGAUCUAUGGAAGUGGUUGUCCUGCCUUUGGCUUCUCCGCAUCCUUCAAUCGCAAGAAGAUGGCUGUAGAAAUAACCAUGAGGCAGGAGGCCCCUGCUUUCAAGUUACACGAAAGUAAUGAGGUUUCAAAGGCAUUGCUGAAGCCUGUACCAUUUUUCGAGGGUCAAAUGACUAUUCGUAUUCACGAAGCUGAUGGUACUCCUUACGAGCAUGUUUUGGACAUUCGCACUCCAUUUAAACGUUAUGAGGUCCCAUUCAACACGAAAUACAAGCGGAUACGACGAAACACUAAACGAUAUCUUGCUCGGCAGGCUGCUGCGCAAGCAGCGGCUGAAGGUGAUGCUGAAGCCGCGGAGGCGAUGGGACUGGUUGACAUGGGAUUUGGUUUGGAAGUUUGGGAGAAGGAAAAGGAGCGGGAGAACUGGAAGGUCGCUGAUUGGACAGAGGAGGAUGAGCAAGUCAUGUCAGGAGCCACGUAUGAGUGGAUUAGGAUGGAUGCUGAUUUUGAGUGGAUUGCCGCCAUUGCCUUUGAGCAACCUGACUUCAUGUGGGUAUCACAGCUACAACGUGACAGAGAUGUUGUCGCCCAGCUUGAGGCCAUACAUGCUCUUGCGAAGCAGCCAACCGCAAUAGUAUCGAGCACAUUCACCAAGACGGUGCUCGUGUCUAAUUACUUUUAUCGUAUUCGUUGCGAAGCUGCUCUCGCGCUUGUCAAUUGUGCCAUCCGAAGGCUUGAUUUCUUGGGUUUAUUCCAUCUAUUCAAGCUGUUUUUGCGCAACUGCUACGAGCCAGAGGACUCUAACCAAGAUCUUUUUGCUCAUACUUAUGUCCCUAAGCCAAACGACUUCUCUGAUUUGUCCGAAUAUUUUGUUCGGAAGAGCUUGGUAAAUGCAAUAUCGCGAGUUCGGUUUGAGAAUGGUAAAUCACCGUCGGUAGUUCGCCAGUUUCUCAUCGACCAAUUACGAUACAACGACAAUACAGCAAACCCUUAUUCGGACGCCUUUUAUAUUUGCACUAUCAUCUCUGCUUCCGCGUGUGCAACAGUUUCGACUGCUCCCCCUGAACGUGGGGAGUUACUUCCUACGGAAACUCGAUCUGAGCAGAACUCGGAGGAUACAAGUCUUCUGAAGCAGGCGAUUUCUGAGAUCGAUAGAUACAGGAGCAUGGACAGGCUGAUUACGUCACCUCAUAACGUGGUAACUAUUGCUGCACUUGAGUUUUAUCUUGUCUUAACUGUCGCGAACCUUGCUCCGAGUGAUCUUCGCGUCUUCUUCCCCUUGACUCGGGAAGGCAACUAUACACAAGUCCGUAUAGCUGCUUUCGACGGUCUAUUUCUGUCGAAGUGGUAUACACCCGCGAUUAUGAAAUAUAGUUUAGCACUAUUGGUUUCAAUGGGAGAGAUGAAGAAUGCUCUCAAAGAAACAGAGUCGCUACUCAUUGAGGAAGAUGGGUCCAUGCCUGAGAAGGCCAAAGAGGUAAAGAAGAGCGAGGUCGAUUUGAUGAUCAAGGUUCUUCGAAAGGAUAGAGAGAUUGGUAAAAACGAAGUCUUGCGAGAAUUUCUAAUGCCAAUUGCCCUUGCACCGGAUGUCGACCACGAAGUCCGCUGGGGGAUCAUCAAGCUUGCAGAUAUACUUUUGAGAGGAGUAGAAGAAACCGCGCCAAAAGUUACAAUUCACCUUCCGCCUACCCCGGUUGUGGAAUCUUCACCUCAUUUGCCUCUGGUAAAGCUGCCAUCUAAAGUUCCAAGACCAUUAAAGUCUGGAGGCCCACCGAUACGAAGUCCCCUGGUCCCUCCUACGGUUCCUCCAAAGCUCAAAAUCAUGCCUAGUCAGUCGCAAGUGGAUAUCACAGCAUCAAAUGCCACCAAGAUUGCUCCUGGACCAAAGCAGGGUACGGCCCCAGCGGUUAAAUCCAAGGUGAAAGGUAAACCUCUAAAUGGUGCCAAGCCUUCGCAUGUUCCAAAAGCACAAUCUGGUGGAAUGAGCCUCAAUGACUUACGAGCUUCCCGAAAUGCACUGAAGAAAAUCAAGGUCCAUAAGAAUGCAACGCUUUUCUUGCAGCCUGUUGAUCCCGUCAGAGAUCACGCCCCCAACUACUAUGAAAUCAUCAAGCAUGCCAUGGAUAUCUCUACGAUAGGCGCAAAGCUUGAGGAGGGCAUGUACAAGGAUCGCUUUGCUUUCGAGGCCGAUUUUCGUCUGAUGAUAGCUAACGCUAAGCAAUAUAAUGUGGCUGGCAGCUUUGCGCAUAAUGAGGCUACCGCAAUUGAAGUAUUUUUUGACAAACUAUGGGCUCGCAUAAGUAAGACUCUCGAGGCUGCUAAUAAACAUGCUCAGGAAGAACCUGCGGAGGUUUUGCCGAAUAUUGUUGUCAAACAACCUGUAAAGCCUGUCACAAACCCCAUACCGCCACCUUCACCUGUACCCGUCGCUGCUUCGCCGCCGCUACCAGUUGCUACACCCUCCACCUCUCGGCCUACUAUCAAACUUAAAGUCGGCGCAUCGCAGGAUAAGGUUAAUGAUACGCCCAAGCCUCCUCCGAAGCCCAAAAAUCGCAAGCCUAAGAUGGUUGAUGUACCACCGCCGGCAUAUGUUGAUGAUGGAUCUCACGAUCUUCUUCAAGAGGUCAUUGCUAUAGAGAGAGAGAAGGACGAAGAAAAGCGACACCGAUUGACUACAGAAACGACUAAACCAUCUAUCGCGAUACCUGUCAGAGCAUCUGGUAGUGUUCCUCCUGGGAAACGUAAAAAGUCCAAUCUUGAUGGUGAAGAAGACAUAUUAGCUCUGGCAACUCCAGCUAAGAAAGAGAAACAUACUGCCCCUCCCGCUAACUUGGCAUCUCGAGCUAUCGAGAAACCUCCAGCGCCGCAACCCGUGAAAACUGCUCCAAGUGCCCAUCGACCCAAGAAAGACAAGGUUCCCGAUCUUCCCGAGAUUCAACCCAAGCCAGAAGCUCCGCGUGUAUCAAUCAAGGGCAAGGAAAAGGAGACUGCUUCUAGUGCUUCCUCUACUCCAGCGAGAACGAAGAAAUCCUCUGCAAACCAGUCUACGCCGAUUAAUGACAAGAAAUGCAAAGAGAUUCUUAAAACACUUCUGAAAUUACCAGAAUGUCUGAUCUUUGCUCAACCUGUUGAUCCUAUCAGGGAUGGUUGUCCAACGUAUUACGAUGAAAUCGAAAAUCCAAUGGAUUUCGGCACAAUGACGCAGCGUUUGAAUGAGGGAAAAUACAGUACCAUGGAAGAAUUUGCGAAAGAUGUAGAGCUUGUAUUUCGUAAUUGCCGCAAAUUCAACCCUCCGACGACGUAUCCAGUUUCUUGUGCGGAAGCUGUUGAAAGAGCAUUUCGCAAGGAAUGGUCCAAAGCGAUGGAGAAGAAACUAUCAUGGACGGAGAAAAGGAGUUUACAAGGGAUGAUGGGUUCUCUUAUCAAAGAGGAUAUCUCUUGGGUAUUCCGGGAGCCUGUAGACCCAGUUCUAUUGGGUAUUCCCACGUAUUUCGAGGUCAUACCUCGCAAAGAUGCUAGGGAUCUCAGAACCAUUCGUACAAAACUAGAUGCCGAUAAAUACGAUUCCGUAGAGGCGUUCCAGGCGGAUAUGGAUCUCAUGGUGCGAAAUGCUAUUACCUUCAACGGUGCAGAUUCAGAAGUGGGGAGGAUUGCGGUGAUGGUCAAUAACAGAGCAAAGGAGCUAUUAGGAGGUGUGAAGUUGGCAACGACGAAGAAACGCAAGGAGGGCGAGAAGAGCACGCCUCAGCCAACAAAGAAGGCGAAACUUGGAUGAGAACGACAUUUUAUGAUAUGAACAUUUGAUAAAUAAUAAGGCUAACUGUAUUCUUGUACUUGCUUUGCUACUUGCUCUGUAUCUUCGUUCCGUUGAAAC